GGGAGAGGAGGCAGCCCCGCCGGGAGAGGAGGCAGCCCCGCCGGGAGAGGAGGCAGCCCCGCCGGGAGAGGAGGCAGCCCCGCCGGGAGAGGAGCCUUCGCCGGCGGGUGGAGUCCAUUUCUUUUGCUCCUGAGAGCUGAAUAGGAGCAGGGGACAUUUCAGCUUUUCUUGAUAAAGAUUUUACCAUCUUAAACUGUGAGACAAGAAUAUUUCUUGAAAAGUAAGAGUUCUACAGCAAAUUAUCURGACAACAUGCCCUUGCGAAGUUCUGGCAAGCUGAGCAUGGAGGCCAGAAAAGAUGGUGAGAGCACAGCCCCUGCUCCUCCCCAGAAGAAGCUGUCCUGCCAGUGCCACCACCACUGCCCUGAGGACUCGGUCAACAGCACCUGCAGCACUGAUGGCUACUGCUUCACCAUAAUAGAAGAAGAUGAGUCCGGAGGACAUUUAGUCACCAAGGGAUGUCUCGGRUUAGAGGGCUCAGACUUCCAGUGUCGGGACACUCCUAUUCCACACCAAAGAAGAUCCAUUGAAUGUUGCACAGGCCAAGAUUACUGUAACAAACACCUUCACCCUACGCUGCCACCACUGAAGAACCGAGACUUUGCUGAAGGAAACAUUCACCACAAGGCCCUGCUGAUCUCAGUGACUGUUUGCAGCAUCCUUCUGGUGCUUAUCAUCAUAUUCUGCUACUUCAGAUACAAGCGCCAAGAGACRCGGCCCCACUACAGCAUCGGGCUGGAGCAGGAUGAGACCUACAUUCCCCCUGGAGAGUCCCUGAAGGAUUUGAUCGAGCAGUCCCAGAGCUCAGGGAGCGGGUCCGGGCUCCCUCUCCUGGUUCAAAGGACCAUCGCAAAGCAGAUCCAGAUGGUGAAGCAGAUUGGGAAAGGUCGCUACGGAGAGGUCUGGAUGGGAAAGUGGCGUGGAGAAAAGGUAGCGGUCAAAGUGUUUUUUACCACAGAGGAGGCCAGCUGGUUCAGAGAAACAGAAAUCUACCAGACUGUCCUGAUGAGACAUGAAAAUAUUCUUGGAUUCAUUGCUGCAGAUAUUAAAGGUACAGGAUCUUGGACCCAGCUGUAUCUCAUCACUGACUACCACGAGAACGGCUCACUUUAUGAUUACCUAAAAUCCACUACCUUGGACACAAAAGCCAUGCUGAAGCUGGCUUACUCCUCUGUGAGUGGCUUGUGCCACCUGCACACUGAGAUCUUCAGCACUCAGGGCAAACCUGCCAUUGCCCAYCGUGACCUAAAGAGUAAGAAUAUCCUGGUGAAAAAGAACGGCACCUGCUGUAUAGCAGAUUUGGGCUUGGCUGUGAAAUUUAUCAGUGAUACAAAUGAGGUAGACAUCCCUCCAAAUACCCGUGUAGGAACAAAACGUUAUAUGCCUCCCGAGGUGCUGGAUGAAAGCUUGAACAGAAAUCACUUUCAGUCCUACAUCAUGGCUGAUAUGUACAGUUUUGGACUCAUCCUUUGGGAGGUAGCGAGGAGAUGUGUCUCAGGAGGAAUAGUUGAGGAAUACCAGCUUCCGUACCAUGACCUCGUGCCCAGCGACCCCUCGUACGAGGACAUGCGGGAGAUCGUGUGCAUCAAGAGGCUACGGCCCUCGUUCCCCAACAGAUGGAGCAGUGAUGAGUGCCUGCGGCAGAUGGGGAAGCUGAUGAUGGAGUGCUGGGCUCACAACCCCGCCUCCCGCCUCACCGCCCUGCGCGUCAAGAAGACGCUSGCCAAAAUGUCAGAGUCCCAGGACAUUAAACUCUGACUCUGCUGGAGGCAGCUCCGGUGGAGGCCCCUGGAAAUGGACCUUCUUGUGCAGGCAGAAGUCCUGAAGAUGUAUCAGAAGUCUGUGCUGAGUUUCUUGAACRGAGUCGUGCUUAAAGAGCAACUGUGAGUUUUUGAGGAGACUAUCCAUCGCAAAAAUCACCUGAAUUUUGACACACAUGAUUGAAGAGGCUUGUCUGCCCUUGUUUACAUGGGGAAAUAACAGUUUUAGUAACUGGUUUAAGAUUAUGCGUGUUGCUUUCCGUGAA